GGGUCGAACGUGUUUAAAAAGCCGCCAAUCGUACGUCAAUCAUCACAUCAUUCUCUUCGAUUAACUACUCUACUCACAACUCAUCAUGGAUCAUCUGCGCUAAUUUCUGCUGUUCAUCUUCUCAAUUUCUCUAAUUUCUGAUCGGUUUUUCAUCGUCAUCUUCAGAUCUUCACAUUACAGCAGGUUCUUGGCAGAGGUGAAAGCAACCACAUAAACGAAAACAAUUCCUGCAGUAUUGUUGUUGCUGGAAAAGAUGCAGAAUCAUGAUGAGAUCCCUGUGGAAUCUGAAUCAGAGUCCACCGCAUUCAACAUAGAUUAUGAAGCUGAUGAUGAUUGGUCCAAUUACAAGGAUAGUGAUGUUAUGCAACAACAGUCUGCAAUUUUUGAACAAGAUGCAGCUAGGUUUCCGUUUGUUGGUGAUAAGUAUCCUUUUGGAAGUCGUUAUCAGGAACCUCUUUCUUCAUUAGAAGCUGAGUAUAAGUCUGGAAGCCCUAUUUUACUGGAGAAAAUAAAGGUGCUGAGUGAAAAAUAUGCCGCCAUUAGACGAACGCGUGGAGAUGGGAACUGUUUCUUCCGGAGUUUUAUGUUCUCUUAUCUCGAACAUAUUCUUGAAUCGCAAGACCAAGCAGAGGUCGAGCACGUUAAAGCAAAUGUGGAAAAAUGCAGAAAGACCCUUCAGGAUUUAGGUUAUGCUGACUUCACAUUUGAAGAUUUUUUCUCAUUGUUUAUCGAGCAGCUGGAUAGUGUUCUUCAAGGGAAUGAGCUUUCUAUAAGUCAUGAUGAACUCGUAUCAAGAAGUCGCGAUCAGUGUGUAUCUGAUUAUGUUGUGAUGUUUUUUAGAUUCGUCACCUCUGGAGAAAUCAAGAAACGCUCGGAAUUCUUCGAACCUUUCAUACUUGGCUUGUCAAAUACAACCGUAGAGCAGUUUUGCAAGACGUCAGUGGAGCCCAUGGGCGAAGAAAGUGACCAUGUGCACAUCACAGCAUUGUGUGAUGCAUUGGGUGUACCCAUUCGUGUUGUAUAUCUAGACCGUAGCUCAUGUGAAAAGGAGGGCGGUGUGAGUGUGAACCAUCAUGAUUUUGUUCCCACACCCGCAGAUGGUGCAAACGCUAGUACUAGUGAGACUGGGUCUGAACCAAACCCGUUCAUUGUCUUGUUAUACCGACCUGGUCACUAUGACAUACUCUACAAAAAGUGAAAACAUCGUGUGUGCUCUGGUAUCGAUUGUGAAGAUGGGUGCAAAUUGCAAUGCUCGAACAGAGUGGUUUCAAAAACUUUUAACAUGUUUCUCCAAUUUGUACUUGAAUAUGAAAUCUUUAACAUUUUGAUCGGAUUAUACCAGUACUAUUGCCUUUUAGACUCGAUAAUGGUUGGUUUCUAUUGUUGA